AUGUUGAUAGGUGUACGGGUAUUCACCACUAGGGUUGAUAAUAGUCAAAUUGAUGAAUUCUGGGAGAAAUUUAUGCACAUAUUAUCGAGGAGUGAUUGUGUAGGUGCCGAGACUAUAUCACAACCAGGAUUGUAUCAGGAAUCCGUUUUUAACAUGCUUCAUGAGCAUAAGAAUCAAGAAUUUAGCGAGGAUAUGUUAAUGAAAUUACAGUUAAAGAUAGAGGAUAAUAACGAGUUCUCAGAGAUGAAUCUACGUUAUCUGUCACCAGAUAUAGUUCAAAUUCUUAUAAAGAAGGAUAAACCCACAGCCAGGGAAUACCUAAAGAGUACUGGUUUCCUAACAGAGGAAGAGCAACUAUUAAUUAAUAAAUUUCACCAUUACACGUUGGAGGCUAUCAUUGUUCAUGUACUUAGCACUUUCUACGACUGUCAGAAUGACCUACCUGCUAUUCGCACUGCCACUCUGAUAGAGCAGAUAGAUAUACAUGUUAGAUAUAUGGCAUCAAUAUUUGGUGUUAAUACAAUGAUGGUUCCAUCAGAUCAAUCAGUGGUUAAAUCUAUCAAAAAUGAGGCUGAGGAUCAAAUCAAAGCUAAAAGAAAGAGUAAAGUAUCAAAUUUCUCGUUCGGUGUGUUAUUGUUAGAAUUCUUAGUUGAUAGAGAGAUUAUUACUAUUGAUAGUACCAUUAAUUAUGAGAAUAAUGAUGUUAUUAAUAAACAUGGUAAACGUUAUAAACGUAUGAACUCGUUUGCAAUAUGCAAUUUCAAUAUGGGGAUCCUCCCCGUGAAGCUCAAUCUACCCAUGGUAUGUAAACCUAAACAAUGGUGUCCUGUAAAUAAUACAAUUAAGAAAGAUUUAUCUAUAACGGAUCUGCAAGGUGGGUACUUGAGUAAGCCUAUAAGCGAAAUAUACAAUACUAAACUUUAUAAAACGCUUCCUCGGUAUAAGUUGUUUUCGUCACGAGAUAUAGAGCACUUUUCUAUUAAAUUAAAUGAGGAUUACCUGAGCUUGUGUGAUAUCAUGAAUGCUUUGCAGGAUCAAGCAUUUACCAUUAACAAGGAUCAAUUUCUUUUUAUUCAUAGACAUUAUGACCUAUUUAUAAAGCAUAAGCUAUCACCAUCAACAGGCUCUCCAACUCGUUCGUAA